CUGUGAGAAAUCCAUAAGAGGUGAUACCUUGUACAAGAUACACCUGACUACACCAGGACAUAUAAAGAAAGAGGAUGUCCUUGUUGCUGCGGGCCCUUUUGUUCCAAUUCAGGGGAAUCUUGGCUUACCUGCACAGAGUCCAGGCCUCACCCCGCUGAACACUUUUGAGAUGAAUGGCAACACCAACUACGAGUCGGGCCUUAUCGCGCAACAUCAGCGGUGCACCUCAUUAAUGCUCUUGUGGCUGAACUGGAGAAAAUCCCUGUAGCCAGGUUCCAAAAUCCUGUGGAGAGCUUUCCCAGAAGAUUGGAGGCUGCCAUGGCAGCAGAUUAAUGCCAGCGGUUUUGGAAUGAAAUGUCCGACAAUUGCACAAGUCUAAAGCUUAGUUGUCCACAUACAUGCCACAUAAUGUAUGUUGGUGAGUUCUUCAGCAUAGUUAGUUUGCACAGUGUCCCAGAGAGCCAAAAUGGCUCAGCAGCUGUGUAAAUCCAGCUAGGCUAAUUGCCAGACUGAUGCAGAUCUUGUAAUAAAUUAAUUGCUGGAAUUGGCACAUCAUUCUGGGAACUGAAACUGGCCAAAACUAACCAGAGUGCAUUUAACUGGAGCUGACUGUCAGUUCAAAUGUCAACAUGGAUGACCUGUUGUAUUUUUAUCUUGUUAACAGUGGAGGACAGGCGUUCCACUGUGCACCUCCUCUUGGGGAAAUGAGGUGAUUGCUCUUGGUAGUUGAAGCACGCUGGGGAAAGUUACUGGAGGACAAAAUCCUCAAUAACUGAGGAGUAUCCAGCAUUUUUCUCCUUCCCGUUUAUGGACUGCACAAAAACAGUUACUGUAGCUCAGGGUCCUCUGCUGUUAUCCCACAAUGUGCGCUGGGAUUAUGUGGUGUUAUUGUGCAACAUUAACUAGUUGGAUGAGAAACCUCUUGUAUAGUAAUCAGUCACUGAUUGCAUCGUACGAAAUGACCUCAAUUUAGGCUGACAGGCUUACGCAUUUACCAGCAGGAGAAUGAUUAUAGAGCCGCCACCUGGACUUGAACCGUUCCAGAUACAAUGGCAUCAGGGACUUGGAUAGCAGGUGAGCUGGGCUCCGCUUGCUGUGAGCUCGGAUGGGGAAAGGCACCUUCUGCUGUGUACCCUAGUCUGUCAGUUUGGAGUUGGUGUGCACAACUGGCUGGCUUUGAGAAAGCUCAUUUUCUUACUGGUGCAGUCUCUUAAAAACAUAUACAAGGACCUCUGUUUCAUCUGUACAGGAAGAGUUUGUGGACAGUUUUACAUUCACACAAGUUAGCUACCAUCAUCAAACGAUCUCGUAUGAGCUGGACUUGAGGCUUGUUGGACAGGAUUGUCCUCUGCUAGUGUCCUGUGUGUUAACACUUCGUGUUAAUUCAUUAAUGCCACUCAUUCACCCAUUAUUCGAAUGAGGGGCACUUGUACAAACACUCCCCAACAUCUCUGUGGUUCAACACAGACAAGCGGAUGCACGCACCAAAUGUCAGCAGGGUGUUGAGCAACUAUGCAAACAAGCUGAUGGUUUGAUCCAACUUUCUUUCACGUUCAUGUUAUUUGCGUGUAUAAAAGAAACAGCCACAAAAAUGAUUCCAAACAAUGACUGUGCACUUUAGCUAAUGUGCAGCCUGAGGAAGCAUGUUCCAGUUUUUCCAGUUGAAUGUGGUGCACACUCACAUACAGAAAAACAGGUGGAUUUCUGUUUGUUUAAACUGAUCAAAGAGCUGCUGCAUGUUCAUUGAACUGAACAUGUUUUUAUGUUUUGUGACUAUUUUGGGGAUGUUUUCCUCUUUUUUUCCACAUAGGAAAAAUAAUUUUCCUCUACUGUUGCCAAUUAGGUUAAACAUCAGCAUUUAGCUGCUUACGUGAAGGCCGUAUUGCCUCACCAAGUGUGACUUUUUUUGCAAAGUAAAUGUUUGUAUACCAUAAAAUCAUGGUCUUGGUCAACAUUACUUUGCCUGAAGACAUUUGCACAGCAACACCAGAGAAUUACGAGACACAGAAGAUUGCACUCUACGUUUGUCUCACAGAGAUGACUUGUCUGCUAAUGUAAGUAGAGCAGAAUUUGAGGAUGGAAGUGUUCAAAGGUGAAACUUUGCAGAUCAUAUAUGAAAACAUAUGACUACUCAUUUGCAGGAGCCAAAUUUCUGAUGUCAGAAGAAGAAUUCAGCCCUUUUGGCUGCAGAUACAGUAACAGUAUGCUUAUUACAUUUGGUCUGUCAUAUACAUGGAAUAUGGGAUUAUUCACUAAUAAAGCUUGAGAUCUGACAUCAUGCAUGUUUUGAGGCAAUUCUUUUGCUAACGACCAGUCUUUGGAUUUCUCAGGGCUUGCUGUCAGACAUCACACCUUACCGGUAUUUGAGGACAUUGUACAAUAUCUGGAUUACAUGAAGCUUGAUGAGCCCAUCAUUGGUUUGAACUAUUUGGAUGAAGUACCUUGUAAUGAUCCACAAGCAGGCCCCAGAUACACAUGUAGGCUAUGUCAUCAGACUGCAAACCUCCCAGAAAUGGUCCGUCAUGUGAUUGGACGUAAACACCGGCAGAAAUAUCUGGAACUGAAACGGCCAGACUUGGUGACCUGGGAUAAACAGUCCAUAAUAUCCCAAGGAGGAAAGAUCAUACGAGCCAGAGCCGAGAUAAUAGAAAGACAGGAUGGACGGGGAAAUCCAUUGCUGAUGGCGAAAAAGGGGAAAGAGGGCAAAUUCAACAUGUCAACAGUUCCCCCAAGGCAGAGGCAAGACAGAGCCGGCAAUGUCUCCCAGAGUUUGACCCAAAGAGAUGUGCCAUCACACCAACCACAACUGAAGGACUAUCAAGAUGAGUUCUCUCACCAAGGGAGGUAUCCCCCAGGCCACUCAGGCACACCCCCAUUCCAUUCGGAAGACCCUUACAUGUUGAGCCGUGAUAGACAACUACAUGACCGGGAGGAUGCUUUCAGCCAUGGCCGCAUGCAAGAGGAGCUGCGUGAAAAAAAUAUGUACAGACCUGAGUACAAGCACCCUGAUUAUCGUAGGGAGUACGAAGCAGAAUAUGUUGAGGAUCCACAACGAAGAGCCGUGCUUGAGCCUGGUGGUGUACCCAUGUAUGACUCAAGAGUUGAGAUACCCCGUGGCCAAGCUCAGCAUGUAGAGUAUUACUCAGAGGAGACUCCGCCUGACAGAAGGCCCUACCCAGAAAGAGAUCUGCUGAAGGAGUUCUACUCUGAGGAAGUUAGGCGUGGGCGAGUUCGUUCUGCUGAGUAUCAGCCCGCACAGCCAGCGUAUCCAGAAGGUGAUAACCACCGGUGGUCUGUGGACAGGGAGUCUGGUAGACAUGACAGUGUGAAUAGAGCAGGUAGGCAGGGAUCCAGUGAACCAGAGGCCAAGAGGAGGAGCUUCCCCACGCCUGUGGAGAGUGACUGGUCGCGUGACCGUUUGUUUAAUAUGAACAGCGAUUAUUGCCACGACACAAGAGAACCACAUCAAGAAGAUGCAGUUGCCAACUCUGGGCCGAGCAGAACAGGUUCCCUUAACUUCCAGAGACAAGCGGAAGUCACCAGGUCCUUGUCCGACAUCCCAGAGCCGUUCAGGCGCUUCCUGAAAGGAGCCACUAAAGAUGAGGGACACUCUAAAAGAAAAAGAAAGAGUCGCUUCUCUGAUGCCACUGCAGAGGAGGUGGAAACGACAAAGGAGAUGUUCAGUGAUGAGUAUGCUCCUCCAAAUCUAAUGUUUGGAGGUCAUCCGAGACCAGUUCGUGCACCGUUGAGACCAGAAAUCCAUGGAAUACAACACUCCGACCUGCGCACAGAAUCACAGGGUCCACAUCAUACUGAAAGCUACCAAAGAGGAGGCUGUGAGUCAGCGGGUGUCUUUGAUUUGCUGAAAAACAUUGAAAUUGAGAAUGCAGAAGAGGCUGACUUCCUGAAGAACAAACUUUGCGACCUUCUAAAAGAAUUCAAGACCAAAAAAUUAGAGAAAGCUGGGCAAAAUAGUCUCGGUCGGGCAGUCAUCUCCAAAGACUACAACAGCUUAAAGCCGGACUCAGAGCUGUCUCCAAGACACCAGUAUGAGACAAUGCAGAGAGAAGAUUCAGACCUUCGACAUCCAGGUGACCUCUACUUUAAAGAAGAUCACAGGGGAAGAGGCUGGAACCAGCGUGAGCGUACACCCGAUGAGCGGUUCCAUCCUGUACGUGGGGAACCCAGACACCCAAACUUAAACAGGAGCCGUUAUGAAGAGGUUUUUGGGCUGCCUGAGAUGCCUCUGACACCACGUGCCACCCGUGCAGAUGAGCCAGAACGUUAUUCUGAAAGGUUUCAAGAAUCCAGGCACCCUCAGAACGUCCAACCUGCUGCAGGGGAGUUUUUGGACUCCCGCUCCUCUGCACCUCCCCUCCAUGUGGAUCGAGGACACAGGAUAGACAGGGGCCCCCGGUACUCAAGCAACCUGGACAAAAUCACCUCCACACUCCUGGAACUCGUGGCAAGGAAAUAAUAAUUUCCAUGGUUGUUGUGUUAGAGAAAUAUCCAUACAUUUAAUGGAUGUUGUGAAUUUAUGUUGAAUUUUAUUCUUCCAUGUUCUUUGUUUUCCAGUUGUUCGCUUUAGGUGUUUGUGAAAAAUUUUGUUCUCAAAAAACUGAAAUAGGAUGUGUUAUAAUGUUUAUGUAAACAUUAAAACAUUUGUCUAUUUCAUCUGUCAUGUCUGUCAGUUUUUCAUAUUACCGUCCACCAGCACCGAGAAUAGCAGUAUUAGUGAUUUUUGCCAUAUUAG